AUGGUUCCUCAAUCGCCCUCCGCAACAAACGGCAGACUCCACCACGUCGCCCCAGUGUCAGCCUUCGAAGUCGAUCCCUCAUCCGACUCUUGCUCCAACACACCAAACCUCCUGCUCUGGAUCGGCGGCUUGACGGAUACAUACCACAGCGUUUCUUACGUCUACGCACUCGCCUCUUCUCUCCCACCCUCCUGGUCACUCGCCCAAGCAAACCUCAGCUCAGCAGGCAGUGGCUGGGGCACUUCUUCGCUAUCUCAAGAUGUCAACGAGAUCUCCAGCCUCGUCUCCCACUUCCGCAGCCAAGGAAAGAAGAACAUAGUCAUCAUGGGCCAUUCCACCGGUUGCCAGGAUUGCCUGCAUUACUUUGCCAGCCAAGACAAAAGAGGGGACAGAGCAGCAGUAGACGGGGUAAUAUUGCAAGCCCCCGUCAGCGAUCGCGAAGCCAUAGCCAUGGACAUGGACACUGCAGACCUCGACAACGCAAACGCAAUGGCAAAUACUUGGUGUAAAGAAGGUAAAGGCGAACACAUCUUACCUCUGAACAUUACCUCGAGCAAUUUCGGACGUAAUCCUGUUACGGCGAGGAGGUGGGUUGCUCUGGCCUGCAAGGGAGGUGAGGAUGAUUACUUCUCGUCCGAUUUGCCGGACCAGACACUGAAGGGUACGUUUGGCAAGCUUGAUAAGCCGUUACUGAUUCUCUAUGGAGAGGAGGAUGAGUAUGUGCCUGCGACUGUCGAUAGAAAGGCGUUGGUCAACAAGUGGAUUCCGUUCGUGAAGGGCAAAGUAGAUGAGCAGAGCAAGGAGUUGUUGGGUGGUGCUAGUCACAACUUGAAUGGCGAUGAUCAAGAGGUCUUUGACGAGCUCAUCAAGAGGGUUGGAAAGUUCUUGACCAGCAUUUGA